AUGUCAAUCGUUUCGCUACUAGGAAUCAAUGUUCUCAAUAACCCUGCUAAAUUCGCAGAUCCGUACGAGUUCGAAAUAACUUUUGAGUGCUUGGAACCAUUAAAGAACGAUUUGGAGUGGAAGUUGACCUAUGUCGGCUCUUCUCGAAGCCUAGAGCACGACCAGGAGCUAGACUCCAUUUUGGUAGGUCCUGUUCCAGUCGGAGUCAACAAAUUUUUGUUCACUGCCGACCCGCCAUCACCAGAACUCAUUCCCGCUAGCGAGUUGGUAAGCGUAACAGUUAUUCUUUUAAGUUGCUCCUAUGAUGGGCGAGAGUUUGUGCGUGUAGGAUACUACGUGAAUAACGAAUAUGACAAUGAGGAGCUAAGGGAAAACCCACCUGCGAAAGUGCAAGUUGAUCAAGUGGUAAGGAACAUUUUGGCAGAAAAGCCUAGAGUUACGAGAUUUAAUAUUAUUUGGGAUAAUGAGCAAGGCGAAGACUACCCUCCGGAGCAACCAGAAGUAGAAGAAGAAGAUGAUGAGGAGGAGGAUGAAGAAGAGGAAGAGGAAGAAGGCGACGAUGACGACGACGAUGAUAUCGAAGACGGUGUUAAAGAAGAGGAAGGAUCUGGGGUAAAGGGCGACGAACCAGAGACCAAGAAACGAAAAAUCAAGGAGGCAGAAACAAUUGAAGCAGAAGAAAUUGAUCUUGAAGAUGACGAAGAUGAUGAAGAUAUAGACAUCGUUGAAGAAGUAGGCGAAGAUGAGCGCGACCAAGAUGACGAUGAAGGCAUUGCUAAGGAAGCUACCGUGGAAAUGGUCUUGACUCCCCAGGAUACUACGACGGCAACUGCGUCAGACCCAGAACCAUAG